GUGUGCCCCCCAAUGGUAGUAUAAAUAUACGGGAUCCGACAGGUGGGCUGUGUCACAAUCAGCCACACUCUCUCUCUCAACACAAUCAGCAAAAAAAGGCAGCCGUUUCAGCUUCUUCGUCAGAGAUAGACCUAAUGGCCUCACACGCCGCAGCGGCGCCUCCCCCAUCGCCUAAACCCUCGCUCUCGGAUAACGAUUACGGCAGCGACGAGUACGAGGAAAUUGAGGAGGAAAUCGAAGUGGAAGAGGAGGUGGAGGUCGAAGAAGAAAUCGAUAGCGAUGAAAUUGAAGAGGACUCCACACCGGUCGAAGAGAAUCCAGAUGACGAUACCUAUCUAUCUAUGGAGAUUGAUGAGGACGAAGAACACAUAAACUCAGGUUCUGUAACUCAAGGAAUACCUGUUUCAGACCCAAAAACUGAUAUCAUCGCUGAACUGAAAAAUUCUGGUGAUGUCAAAACUUCCAAGUCAGGUGAGAAAGAAGAGUUGCAUGUUAAUGGGGAAAGAACCUCCCGAGACACCAAUCCAAAGACUCCUUUUCACAACAGUGCUGCAGUGAAUCAUACAAAAGGAUCUCCUUCUGUUGGAGAUCUCAAAACUGCAAUGGUAAUUACUGAAGCCUUUAGGGUGAAGGAUAGUGUUAUUUUGCCUGUUACGGCAGGAACCAAUCAAACUGUUGUAGAAGCUGCGCCUAAUGUAAUUCCAAUGUCAACAAGGUCACAUGAUGCAAAAAUAAGGGUCAGAGAUUCUCCUCCUACUGGUGAGCGUGAUGGGGGGAACAAAAAACUGAGGAUUGCAUGUGAAUUUUAUGCGAAAGGAUGGUGCAUCAAAGGGAAUUCUUGUAGGUUCCUUCAUUUGAAGGACGGACCUGAUGCUGCGGUACAGAAAAUUGAUGUCUUGGAUAGCGAAGCAUCUUCAAAUGCAUGUAUUCCACCGCAGCAAAGUGGGGAGAACCCAAAACUGAAGAGUGAGACUCAGAAGUUGGUCCAAAGUAAAGAUGAUAAAUUCAGUGCUGGUGGCUCUUUUACAUCGCAUGACAAUCAUCAUAGACCCAGGAUUCCCUCUUUUGAAGAAUUCAUUAGUAAGAAAAGUGAACUAGUGAAAAAUGACAAUCUGCUUACAGAAUUACCUUAUACUCAUUCUAGACGGCCUUUAUCUUUUGGUUCAUCUUCUCGGAACACCAAUGCUUCUGGAACCCAGAAGCUUCCGGAAAGAGGACUAGAGCAGCGUGCUUCUGUAUCCUCUUCCUUUCACCAAAGCAUUUCACUGGUUCCUCAUUCUGAACCAGAAAGUCGGUCACGGGACCCUGUUUCUGGGGAUACUGUGCCAGCUAAACAUAAGACUGAGUUAUCUUUUAAUAAUUGGGAGCCAUCUGUUCCUUUCCUCCCUUCACAUGAUAUAACUCGAAAUUUACUAGUGAAAGAAAAUGUACAUAACCCCAUAGGCGACAGCAUUUCGCAAAAAAAUGUUAAUUCCGACCAAGGAUCAUCUAUUAAGAACGCAAAGGUGCAGUCAAAAAGUUCUGAAGAAGAGGAGAAGCGUAUGAGUUCGGUUAAUGUUGUGAAGGUUGAUGGAUCUAUGAAAAGUGAUGAAACUGGUCUCGGUGGCAAGAGCGACAGUCAGUUGCAAAUUGAGUCAAGGGUUUACAGAUGGUUUCAAUCUGCACUUGUAGACUUUGUGAAAGAAUUGUUGAGCCCAACUUGGGAAAAGCGCCUUCUGAGCAAGGAUGCUUAUAAAUUAAUACUGAAGAAGUCCGUUGACAAAAUUCUGAGCACUUUGCAAAGCCACCAAAUUCCUAACACAGCUGAAUCAACUAAGUUGUAUCUUUCUGUAUCUGAGCCCAAAAUUGUUAAGCUUGUUGAGGCAUAUAUCGAGAAACAUGGAAAAUCAUGAGACUGCUGACUGUGUAAUCUCUGUACCAGUAUCCUCCAUUUCUCUCCAUCUAUCUCUCCAAAAGGGAAGUUUUGAACUUUAUUCGUGGGCCCUUAUAAUUUUAUUAAAAAAAAAACUAAUGUCGGCUCUAAAACAACGGCUGGUGAACUACAAGCUUUGUGUUUAAGAUUUCUUAUUUUGUUGAUAAAAGUUUAACCCUUUAUAGAUCUCUACUCUCUGAUGUGAAUCCCUAGGGAAAAUUUCGGUGAAUUACUUGCAUGAGUUCGCAUAUAUGCAUCAACCUGCAAUGUUUACAUGUUAACUCAAUAGAGAUUUCCUGCUAUAAAAGCCAAAUCUCAGUAAUCUGCCAGAUGUAACCUUACCUGGACAAAGCUGGAACAUACCAAACAAAGACCUAGCCACAGUUAAUUGCAAAACUCAAAUGAGUACAAGUGUCGAAAAUCAUGGAAAUGAAGCCUCGCCAUUCUCUGCAGUUCCCUCACUGCAAUGUUUGCUCUUUGACGCGGGGUGUUGGCUCAAGGCUGCGACAAUCUCUACAAGAAUGAAUCUUGUAAAGACUGUCAAGAAUUGGUGUAAAAUUGCAGCAGGGAUCAUCAUUGUGGACUAGUUGGAGUUGUGAAACUUAAUUGUUGCCGUGGGCGCGUGGCAUUGGGAUGUUGGAGAGAGAGAGAGAUUUGAACUAAUUGAUGUGUACGAGGUUGAAAGUGUGGGAUACUCCGAAGAGUUGCAAUUAUUGGUGAAGGUGAGUUUAAGGUGGUGUCGUUGUCAGAAGAAAACAGGUUGUAGAAACCGCUUAUGUGAGGAUGAGUGUUCCAAUGCAAUUCAUUUAGCAAAUUUCAGUGGUAACAUUCUCCAGUGGGGCCUACAUCCCAUUGUUUGCAGCCGUCCCUCCUGAAAUUUACAACUGCCGGCGGCGAGGAAUUGAUGACGUCACAGAGGGACAAAGUUAAAUGUGUAGUGAGUGCAUACAUCUGUGAUGACGUGUCCUUAAAAGAAAAAUAUUGAAUUGAAAGUUUAAAUUUUUGACUGAAAAAGAUUAAUUGCU